UACAAUUUUGCCUUCACCCAUUUAUUUAUUUAUAUAUUUAUUCCUUCUUCACUCCUUAAGCCACUGUACCUCCUCUGCGCGUUGCUCUGCUUUGCUCCGCUCCAUCAAUCCAAAACUCGCUAUUGCUUUCUCUCUAAACAUAAACACAACAUAUAUAUAGAGGAAGAGGAAGAGGAAGAGGAAGAGAGAGAGAGAGAGAGAGAUAGGAAGAGCGCAGAAGGGGGAGGAUUAUCCUGUGAAUUCGAGUAUUACUUAACUUCAAUGGAUAAUGACGUGAAUGUGGAUCAGCAAGUUACAUCAAGUCGUCUAAAGGGAAUCAUUUUCAAUAUUUUAUCCGAGGAAGAUGCAAGCAAGAUAUCAGCCAUCGUCGUCGGAGCAGUCAAUGAAGUGUCAGACCCUGCAUUGGGACUGCCCAACCCGAAUUCAAAUGAAUGCCUUACAUGUGGUGCUAAACGUAAUAGAGAGUGUGAAGGUCAUUUUGGGUUGAUCAACUUGCCAUAUACAAUUCUCAAUCCAUACUUCAUGUCAGAAGUUGCACAGAUUCUUAAUAAAAUCUGUCCGGGAUGUAAAUUUCUUAGGCACUAUAAGGUCAAGCAGAAAGCUGAUUCCUCGUCUAGUCAUCAUCAGCCUAGGAAUUGCAAAUACUGUACUGGAAGACUAAGAGACCGUUAUCCACCAAUGAAAUUUAAAGUAUCUUCCAAAGACAUGUUUGCGAAGACGGCAAUUGUUGCAGAGGUCAAUGAGAAGUUCAUAAAUAAUGGCUCAGGAAAAGUUUUGGCUUCUGACUAUUGGGAUUGCAUCCCUCAAGAAACAAACCCAGAAGAGAGUUCCUCACAAUCAAACAUAAGAGUUCUAUCACAUGCCCAGGUUUAUAGCAUUUUGAAAGAUGUCUCCCCAAUGAUUCUUGAAGCAGUUCUCAGAAGGAGAAAUUCAAUCUUUCUCAACUCUUUGCUUGUGACUCCAAAUAGUCAUCGCGUGAGAGAAUUCGGCCACCGUAUAACUCUGGAUGAAAGUACAAGGAUGUAUAGAAAAGUGAUUGAUUUCAGAGNCCUUGUUGAAAGCUCUGAAGAGAAUGAAAAUGCAGUGAAUUUUGGAAAGAAAUACUUGUCUAUUGCACAGCAGAAGUCAGCAGCACUUAGUCAAACCUCUAUUUCUGCUUUCAAGCAAGUUUUUCGGGAUAUUCAGAACUUGGUUUAUCAAUAUGGAAGCAAUGAUAAUUCAUUUCUGGCAAUGUUGAAUGCUGGUAGCAAAGGGAACGUGCUAAAAUUAGUCCAACAUAGCAUGUGCCUAGGUUUGCAACAUUCUUUGGUUUCAUUAUCAUUUCGAAUCUCUGAUCAGCUCUCUUGUGCUUCAUGGAACAACCAUAAGAACCAUUCUGCUGUUCAGAAAUCCCAUGGAAUCCAAGAAUGUUCUGAGUCAUAUAUCCCAUGUACUGUGGUUGCAAAUUCUUUCCGAAUGGGCUUAAAUCCUUUGGAGUGCUUUGCACAUUCAUUGACAACACGUGAUAGUUCUUUUAGUGGCCAUGCUGAUGUUUCCGGGACUAUAACUCGUAGGCUUAUGUUUUUCAUGCGUGAUUUAGUCACUGCAUAUGAUGGAACUGUUAGAAAUGCUUAUGGGAAUCAAAUUGUUCAGUUCUCCUAUGUUUCUGAUAACUUUUCUACUCCCCAUAGUGAUGCUCUUGACGCCUCAAAUGAGAGGGUUUAUGCUUGUAAUUUGCUGGGUGGCCACCCUGUUGGUACAUUGGCAGCUUGUGCCAUUUCAGAGGCUUCAUACAGUGCUUUGGAUCAACCAGUCAGUGCAUUUGAACCGUCACCUCUGUUAUCUCUAAAGAAAGUCUUGGAAUGUGGAGUAAAGAAGAGCACUGGUGAUAAAAGUGCAUCACUUUUUUUGUCCAGAAGACUUGGAAGAUGGGCGAAUGGAUUUGAGUAUGGAGCAUUAGAAGUCAAGGAUCAUUUGGAGAGAGUGCUGUUCUCUGAUAUAGUCUCAGAAGUAGUGAUAUACUUGUCCUCCCAGCCCUACAUUAGUCAGAGGGUUUGUCAUUUUCACAUAGACAAGGAAGUCACAAAGAAGAAAAGGCUGAAGUUGCGUACUGUUAUUGAUGCUCUUUAUAUGAAGUAUGAUGCUGCUAGAGUGAAAUCAAAAUUGCAUCUUCCAAACUUGCAGAUAGUAAGCAAGGACUGUUCUGAAGCUGACCUGCAAUAUGGAACUGGCACAAAAAACUGUAUCACAGUUGCAUUAACUGAAAGUGCCAGUAAUUUGAAUGUAGAACUGGAUUCUCUUCGUGAUGUGGUUAUACCGGUCCUCCUAAAAACUGUUAUAAAAGGAUUCCCUGAAUUCAAAAAGGUAGAUAUCUUAUGGAGAGAUAGACCAAACCAUUCAAAAUUUCCAAAGGGCUCUUCAGGUGAACUUUAUUUGCGGGUUUUCAUGUCUGAACACUGUGAAAGGACUAAAUUCUGGAACAUCCUCAUCUACUCAUCAAAUCUAGGGUUUCGCCCUUUUUUUCUUGAUUUGCUUUCACAUGAGUCUAAACGCGUGAGAAGGCUGUGA